AUGAGCAAGCGUCUGCAAACGGUGGCCACGAUGGCCUGCAUGAAGACCCUGCUGAUGCUCUUUAACUUCGUCUUUCUGGUGUCCGGCAUAUUAAUAGUAUGCGCCAGCCUUUGGAUGCGAGCUCAUCUUCGACACUACGUCGACAUGAACAAUGAUGGCAGUGGUGCCGUUUUGAUAGCCCUGAUAUGCUUGGGUGUGAUUUUGACCGUGGCAGCAAUCUUUGCCUGCCGUUGCACAGCUCGAGGUCAUCCGGCUCUUUUGUACUUGUACGGUGCGUUCUUAGCUGUCGUGGCAUUGCUCGUACUUGGAUCCGGUGCAUCAGUUUACGCAUAUCGUACGAGCUUCAAUGAAAAAUUCUACGAAGCUCUGAACGAAAGUAUGGCAGUCUACAGACAGGAUGAGGUUAAGACCGAUCACAUCGAUAGUAUGCAAUCCACUUUGCAAUGCUGCGGUAAUAAAGGUUACACCGACUGGUUGAACAUCUACCCGCAGAAAAUCCCACUAUCUUGUUGUAAAGUGGCAGCGGAGAACUGUGACACCACUGACACGAAUGACAUUUAUACUCAGGGCUGUUAUACACGAGUCCUCGACUUAAUAAACAGCAACAUCGGCCUGGUCGCUGGAACAGCAAUCGGCGUGGCGAUCUUCCCGUUCAUGGGCGUUUUCUUGGCGUGUUGUUUGGCCAGCAACAUCAACAAAGUCAAGUACGAGCAGGUUGCUUAA